AUGUCUUCGGAUCAGCAGUCAGCGUGAGUGCCCCCCCACGUUGGCAACCCAAAUCCAUCCCCAAUCUGCCCUGUGCUGCACUCGCCUAACACACUCGCGAGGCUGCCGUGCCACCACCAACUGCUUCUGGCCAUGGUCACAUGCCUUGUCAGCGUGAACCGAAAGAUACAUACAGAGGCAAACAGAGCAUACUGACCGUGUCGGCGAGAUAUAGGCCGCCGCACAAGCGCACCCGGUCCACCGUGUCGCGAGUCCUGUCGCGCAUAUCCACCAGAGCCGACGUGCCCGUAUUGAACACCACAGACGCUGAGCAGGACGCCGCCUCGAGCAUGGCGAACCAGAGUCCCGUCGACGGCCAAUUGAGCGCCAAUGGCCAGUUCCUCAGCCCGAGUCGCAGCUCCGUACAGUCCGCCCAUAGACCGCAUCUCUCAACCACCAUGUCCAACACACAAGUCCCUAUCCCGUCCACCAAAGACACGAGCCCGAUAACGCCGAGCAGCGCAACACAGGGUGCUUCGAUCGAACAGAGUGUGCGACUCUUCAAGGUCUUCGAAGCGCUGCGAAACGGGGACACGGCAGCCAUCGCCAAGGCUACAAGAGCAGAUGGAGAUGCGAAGUUGCAAGGAACCACCAUCCUGCAUCUAGCCAUACAAUGCGCCGAAGUACCCGUUAUUGAGUAUGUCCUGUCACAACAAGACGCGGACGUCAAUGCGAAGGACAAGGAGGGAAACACGCCCCUAAUCGUGGCCGCUUCUCUGGGUCGCGCACCAGUCGUGAAACUGUUGCUUCAGCAGAAGGGCAUAAAUGACUCAAUACCAAACUAUCAGGGCAAGACCGCGCUCGAUGUGGCUCGCAAUCCGGAUAUCUUCCAAUUGCUACAAUUGGCUCGAUCGGUCUUCGUCGACACCACUGUGCGGCAGAUCCAUCAAGUCGUCGCGAAUGGCGACUACGAAACUCUUGAGCAGCUACUCAAUGAUACUCGCGUGAAGUCAAGUCUCGAUGUCAAUGGACCCGAACUCGCGACAGAGUCUGCGACUACAGCAGACGGUGGCAGUCUACUCCACGAGGCUGCGCGAAAGAAGGACAUCAAGCUUGCCCAACUGCUUCUACUGAGCGGAGCAGAUCCGUUCCGCAGAGAUCGCAAGGGCAAGCUGCCGCAGGAUGUUACGAAAGACGACCGCACUCGUGCGAUUCUGAAGAAGUCUCCAGCUGCAGCGGCAGCCCAGAGGAGCAUCCAGGAGAGGACCAUUCUGGGCGAAGGCGCGCAAGCAGUACCUACCGGGGAAACCGGACCUGGCAGCAAAGAGAGCAGGGAGAUCAAAGGAUACCUUAAGAAGUGGACGAACUACACCUCUGGAUACAAGCUGCGCUGGUUUGUACUGGAAGAUGGUGUGCUCUCCUACUACAAGCAUCAAGACGACGCUGGUAGCGCUUGUCGUGGCGCGAUUAACAUGCGCAUUGCGAGGCUGCAGAUGGAUCCGAAGGACAAGCUGCACUUUGAAAUCCAUGGCAAGAGCUCUGUCAAGUACGAUUUGAAGGCAAAUCACCAGGUUGAGGCAAAGAGGUGGUUCUGGGCGCUGAAUAACGCAAUUCAGCGGGCCAAGGACGAAGCCAAGGAAGAGCAAAAGAGGGAGCAACAAGAAGCUAGCGUCAGGCACGAACAACUUGAGAAACUUCGGACAAGAGAAGCAGAUGUUGCAUCCAGCGGUGACUCGCUCAAACCUGCUACUGCAGUCAGCCUCUCCACACCAGGCGCUUCGACUCCGCUGCGAGGGACCUCGAUUGGCGACCAAGGGAGCGCAUUCGAUGCCAGUGAGGACGCAGCCUCAGGCAAUUUGAGAAUGAUCAGCCGCACGAAUACUGCGACUAACAUCGAUGGCGAUCUUGACGAUGAUGACGAAUAUGGCGACGACGCCAGCAGCCAUGAAGUCCGCCCGGCCAAUAGAGAUGCAUUCAGCAUCACCGCACAGUCUGCAAAGCUGCAGCUUGAUCUUCUCGAGCAAGUCUCUCUUGCGCUACAAAGCGAAAGAACGAAGAACCCGGAGCUGAGCCUUGGUAGCCCCACCGUCGUGCAGGCGAUGUCUUCCUACGAAACCGCUGUUGGUAAUCUGAAGGGCUUGCUCAUGGAUCUGUCGAGGAUCUCGCGUGACCAUGAGGCCUAUUGGCAGUACCGCUUGGAGCGUGAGCAAAACAUUCGCAGACUCUGGGAGGACUCUAUGGCUAGAGUCGCAAAGGAGCAAGAGGCCCUCGAGGAGCGCAUCGGCGAAUCUGAAGACAAGAGGAAGAGGACAAAGAGAGCGCUCAAGGAGGCUCUCGAUACUCAGGCUUCGGCAGCAGGCACUCCUCAACCAGUGGAGUCUAUUUCAAAGCCUCUUCUCGAAGUUCCUUCGGCAGGGAUGAAGCGCAGACAAACCAUCGCGGAAUUGACGAACAAUGAACUCUCCGACGACGAGAGCGAGGACGAAGAGGAGUUUUUUGACGCUGUGGACGCUGGCGAGGUUGAAGUGCUAGAGGCCAUGCCCAGUCCAGCUGUCAAAUCUCCCCAGAGCGAAGUCAAGCCGGUCAUGGACGCCCAGGUCGAUAGGAUUGACGAGAGCAUAGAAGCGGAGAGAGAGCGAAAGCGUAUGGAAAUUUCGAAGAGUUACAAAGGGUACGAGGACGGACUGCGCAAGAAGCUCAAGCUAGACGUCGACAAUCGUCCUAAAGUUGGACUUUGGGUAAGCAAUAUGCCUGAAAUUGACAAGACGACAUAUUGACUGACAAAUGAACAGGGCAUCUUGAAGUCCAUGAUUGGCAAGGACAUGACCAAGAUGACGUUGCCAGUGUCUUUCAACGAGCCGACUUCUCUUCUGUACCGUGUCGUGGAGGACAUGGAAUACACUCCCCUGCUUGAUGCUGCCGCCGAUCGAACCGACUCCACUGAACGUAUGGUGUACGUCGCUGGGUUCGCUGCAUCCGAGUACGCUAGUACCAUCGGCAGAGUGGCGAAGCCUUUCAACCCACUACUCGGGGAGACCUACGAAUAUGUGCGACCCGAUCUCGGUUACCGUUUCUUCAUCGAGCAGGUGUCCCAUCAUCCUCCAGUUGGUGCUGCCUACGCCGAGAGCCCAAAAUGGACCUACUAUGGCGAAUCCUCCGUCAAGUCAAAGUUCUACGGCAAGUCGUUCGAGUUCAACCCACUCGGUACCUGGUUCUUGCACAUUCGCCCUGUGGAUGGAUCUCCUGAAGAGUUGUACACGUGGAAGAAGGUCACUUCGAGUGUUGUUGGCAUCAUCACCGGUAAUCCGACCGUCGACAACUACGGUCUCAUGGAAGUGAAGAACUGGACUACCGGCGAAGUCUGCUAUCUUGAUUUCAAGGCCAAGGGUUGGAAGGCAUCCUCAGCGUUCCAGGUACAAGGUCGCGUGGUCGACGCUCAAGGAAAGACUCGAUGGAGCAUUGGCGGUCGAUGGAACGACAAAAUCUACGCUCGUCUUACUCCGGGUUACGAAGGGUCGGUGGAGAGCGAGGACGACAAGAGCAAGGCUAUCCUCGUGUGGGAGUCCCACUACCGUCCUCCGCCUGGCGAGAUUCCAUUCAACAUCACGCCGUUUGUGGUGACCCUGAAUGAUUUACCCGAUCGCUUGAAGCCGAUUGUUGCACCUACCGACUCUCGUCUGCGUCCUGAUCAGCGCGCCAUGGAAGAGGGCGAAUACGACUUCGCAGCGACUGAGAAGAAUAGAGUUGAAGAAGGACAGCGAGCUCGUCGGCGCAUCCGUGAGGCCAAGGGCGAAGACUUCACGCCCAGAUGGUUCAGCAAGGCCAAGCACCCGGUCACUGGCGAGGACUACUGGCUAUUCAAUCACGAAUACUGGAAGAUCCGAGAUCAGGUUGCCGAGGGCCAGAGGUCUUGGUCGGAGGAGAGGCUCGAGGAGGUUUUUUGA